ACAGAAGAAAGACAAAGACUGGCCAGGGAGCGUAGAGAAGAGCGGGAAAAGCAGCAUGCUGCCAAAGAAACACAAAUCCUUGAAAAAGAGAGAAAAGCAAAACUCCAGUAUGAAAAACAGUUAGAAGAAAGGCAGAGAAAGCUAAAAGAACAGAAGCAGAAAGAGGAACAACGAAGAGCAGCAGUAGAAGAAAAGAGAAAACAAAAACUAGAGGAGGAAAAGGAGCGAUAUGAAGCAGUUAUGCAUCGUACCUUGGAACGGAAUCAGCGACUGGAAACACGACAGAAGAGAUGGUCAUGGGGAGGAUCUGUAACUCCAGAUUCAGAGAGCAAAACAGAACAGCAGACCACAGAUGAAGGUGGAACUGGUGCCAGCAAGCGGUCCACCUCCACAGCAAACCUCAAACAGACAGAAGCGGUCAUGAACAAACGGUUGUCGUCAUCUGCAGCGCUUUUAAAUGCUUCUGAUCGAAGUACCACAAAGAGAAGUGCCUCAUUAAACAGACUGAAUAACAAAGUUCCUCUACAUUCUCAGCAGUCAGCACUCAAAGGUUCACAGGUGGAACAGAAAGGAGGAACAGAAAAGAAGAGGAGCACAUCUUUGAAUAGAAUGAGUAGUAAACCCCAGUCCUCUCCAGAACUAGAAAAAUUGAAAAAGGAAGAAAAACCAGCUCGUCGCUCCCAGCUCAGUCCUCUGGACAGUAGUGUAAUCAGUCGCCUCCUCGCCCCCACACAGGCCUCCUUAGCUAGGAGUAAAAGUGCUGCUACAUUGUCGGCUGAUGGACAAGAUCCCUCAGAUUCUCACCUCUGUCCUCGUUCAGCUUCAGCCAGUUCCAUCAGUUCCCCAGUCCCAACUCCUAAAGUGCCCGUGCGCAGUCAUAGCAUCGACAGAUUGAAGUCCUCUGUAUCUUCAUCAGAUGCAAGUUCACCAGAUUCAACCCAGAAAUCAGAGAUGGAAAAAACAUCCCCAGGUGCUGGGUUAAAACGCCCUCCCUCACCAUCUAUGUCUGCCCGUAGAAGAUCCCCUUCUCCUGCUAAUUUGGUGAAGCGUCCUCCAUCACCUUCUACAAUCAGACAAAAGACUCGCCCACCUUCUCCUAGUGUAUCAAAACAAAGGCCACCAUCUCCUACUCCAGUCUCUAAACCAGCACCCAUCCAACGUCCACCUCUCACACCAGGUGUUAUAAACAUUACCAAAAAGAAAACUGAAGUAGAGAGCAAACCAAAGGAUAAGAGCACAGAAGGUACAGGACAAGAGCAAGGUGCUUCACCAGCCUUGGACAGGGAUGUGGUAGCAGCUAGCACAAAGACCAAAGAAGAAUCAGGUAGCAAAACAGUAGCAGGGACCACCACAGCUGAAGAGGCUGCUAAAAUCUUGGCAGAGAAACGACGUCUAGCGCGGGAGCAAAGAGAGCGUGAAGACGAAGAAAGAAUUCAGAGACAGGAAGAGGAAAGAAUCAGAGAGGAAGAAAUGGCCAAGAGAGCAAUUGAGGAAAAGGCACGACGGGAGGAGGAGCUCUGCAAACAGGAGGAGGAAAAGAGCCUGGGUUAUGAAGAGCAACAAAGACAGGCUGAAGAGGAGAGGAUCCGCAGAGAACAGGAAGAGCAGGAGAAACUUGCAGAACUUCAACACCAGAGAGAAGAAGCUGAAGCAAAAGCUCAAGAAGAGGCUGAAAGACAGCGGCUGGAAAGAGAGAGAAUUAUGCAGCAAAAUAUGCAGGAAAGGCUUGAAAGGAAAAAGAGAAUUGAAGAAAUAAUGAAAAGGACACGAAAGUCAGAUCAAAAUGAAUCAAAGUUGCAGAAUGAAGGGAAGUCUGCCUCUGAGGCUACUGAGGGAGAUGAUAUUGAAGAGGAGGAAGAGUUGGGUCUUGAGAAGACUGAUCAACCAGAAAAGCUAAAUGGCAUUGACUCACCCCAAGAAGUCAAGGGGGAGGCAGAGGGUUGUUUAGAGGCUGCGCAUUGCUUGAUCUCUACCGAAUCUGAAGACCAAGAUGUGUCAGAGUUGAAGGCCAGUGAAGUAUUUAUGAAUGGAGGUGAUUUUAAAAGUGAUGAGGGAUCUCUACAUGUUACUGAAUUAAAGGAUUCCAGCCAUCCUGCAAAAGAAAUGGUCAUCGAUGACUCAGUGAAGUUGGGUGCUAAUGAAGCUGAUCAUACAAUUGGACUUAUUCAGAAUCUUAAUGGAAAAUCCGGUUCAUGGACUUUUGAGGACUUUAUUGACGUUGGAGUGCAUUCUAAGUCAACCAAGCUGAGCUCGGACAGCAUCUCUGCUGGUAACUGUAAUCAAAACUUGAAUGAUGCUGCUACAAUACCUUCUAGUCCCAAAUUGGCUUUUGAGGAAGAUGGUGCACUGAAUUAAUUGACCAAACCUAUAGAUGCUUCAUCAGAACUGUGAACACUAGAGACCUGGAAAUAAUCUGAUUGCACUUCAGUAAUCCAGUGUUUUAUCAAGUACCGAAGGCCUUGUUUUGAAAAGCUGCUUGUUUACCUUUAUCCAUCUUCAAGUUU